UUGUGUUAUUCAGUGUUUGUUUAGAAGAAAGGGGUUUCGUGUUGGUACCGUUAUUGUUGGAGUGAGUGAGUGGUACACACGAACACAACAUGAAGAGCAUGGUAUCGCCAUUGACGAGGGUCUCACCCUUUUGUCGCCGAAAUGGCCAAAAUGCCCUUCUAUUCUCUCCCACUUUCACACGCUACCCUUCUUCACCUAACACAGACACUUUCUCCCCUCUCACUCUCACUCUUUCCAUGGCUGCUUCACCCCAAUCCUCAGCUCCGACUGUGUCGCCUGGUGAUGUUAACAUGGAUAAAGAUGGUGUCUUUCAAUUGAUUCAAGCACAUCAGGAAAAAGCUGCUAGACUUCCACCAGUUGAGGAAAUUCGAACUGUCCUUGAUCGUAGCGUGCGUGGGAUGCUCUCUACAUUCUCUAAGAAGUUCGAGAGUUAUCCAUCAGGGUCUAUGGUUGACUUUGCAUGUGAUGCAAAUGGAUAUCCUAUAUUGGCAGUGAGCGACCUGGCAGUUCAUUCAAAGGACCUAACUGCCAAUCCUAAAUGUUCAUUGCUUGUGGCUAGAGAUCCUGAAGAUAGGACUGAUUUAGUGAUUACUUUACAUGGUGAUGCUAUCGCUGUACCUGAAAAUGAUAAAGAAGCUGUUCGAGCUGCAUACUUGGCAAGACAUCCCAAUGCAUUUUGGGUUGACUUUGGAGACUUCCGCUUCUUGCGCAUUGAACCAAAAGUUGUACGAUUUGUGUCAGGUGUUGCCACAGCAUUGUUAGGAUCAGGAGAGUUUAGUAGAGAUGAGUAUAAAUCUGCAAAAGUUGACCCCAUAGCUCAGUUUUCCAAGCCAGUGGCGUCUCAUAUGAACAAAGAUCAUGCUGAAGAUAACAAAGUGAUUGUGCAGCAUUGGACCUCAGUUCCAGUGGACUUUGCCUAUAUACUGGAUUUGGAUAGUCUUGGUUUCAAUGUCAAGGCUGGUUAUCAGGGUGAUACUUUCAAGCUUCGUGUACCUUUCCCUCGACGUGCAGAAAAUAGAAAGGAUGUGAAGACUCUCAUUGUUGAAAUGCUUCAAGCUGCUAGGCCUAAAGCUGAUUGAUUACUCCACAGAUCAUUGAUGAACAGCACCUGCUAGACAUCCUUCUUGGGGAGAGGACAAAAUAUCCACGUCAAAAAAGUAAAUGCAGUUAUAUUUUCCGAAGAUAAAGAUGGCAAAGCAAAUGGUUGACUUUAUUUCUUGUAUAUACUGUUUGAGAUUUUAAUGAGUUUUGAAAACACUUGAAAAUUCAGACAUACAAGUGUGUGAUAUUACUCAAAAGAAACAUACCCUUUAUACAUAAAUGAUUUUAUGUGAAAUUCUUCCAUAUGCACUCUUUUAGAGAGUUGAAACAGUGUAUGAUUAAUCUUUUUGAGAAACAACAAUAAUUUAUUUAUGGUUGCAUACAA